AUGUAUAAGUUGAAAACUGUUUUGGAAAGUUAUGAAAAAGACCCACCUCUACAAUUAUCUAUUGAUAAUUCCUCUACUGUUUCUGAGAUUGAAGAAAUGAGUGAUGGUAUUUGGAGUAUUGUUGGUAGAAAGGCAUCUUGUCGUAGGAUUUUUUCACUAGAUGUUGUGUUGCUAGAUGCCUUUUCCCAUACCGUAAACAAGGAACUGGAGGUUAUUGCUUCCCUUACAUCUGGGGAGACAAGUUAUGGAGAAUCUCCCGUCUUGGCAACCCAUGAUGGGAUUGAAUUUGCUUCUUGUGAUUGACCAAGUAAAGUUGUGCAAGGGCGUGCAUCUUUUAAGCUCAAGAUAUUAUUGCUAGAAAUGGAACAAGUAGAUGACUCCCAAUCCAAUUCAGAGAAUCCUGAAGCGGGAAACUCGACUCUCAACACUACAUCAAGUAGUAGAAUUCCAAUGUCAGAUGUCACCAUUUUUAAGUACUGCCUGGCGGGUUUAACUGAGAAAAGUCUUCUGCUCAAGGAGAUUGCAACCUCUGCUUCUAAUGAACAACUUCAGGAUUUCGCCCAUCAGGUUUCGUUGUACUCAGGAUGCUCACACCAUAGGCACCAAAUAAUAAUGGCAAAGGCAUUGGUUGAGGAAGGAACUAAAGCUUGGAAGUUGAUCUCACAAAACAAUGAUCAGGUUCAAUGGGAGAGUGUGGUUUUUGAAAUUGAAGAGCAAUUCUUGAAGAUUGCUUGCUGUAGGUCUAGAUCUCUCACACAACAGGACUUUGAGCUACUAAAGAGAAUUGCUGGUUGCAAAGAAUAUCUGGCCCAAGAGAACUUUGAAAAGAUGUGGUGUUGGUUAUAUCCUGUCGCUUUUACAUUAUCAAAAGAUUGGAUAAAUACAAUGUGGAGUUCAACAUCGCCCAAGUGGAUAGAAGGAUUCGUUACUAAGGAAGAAGCUGAAUCUUCUCUUCAAGCUUCAAGGGGUUUCCAGAAACCUGGUACUUUUGUACUCCGAUUUCCAACAUCAAGGAGUUGGCCUCAUCCAGAUGCUGGAAGCUUAGUUGUAACCUAUCUUGGCAGCAAGUGCACCAUUCACCACAAGCUUAUUUCCCUGGAUAAUAUUGUUAGUUCUGGGGAAAAGAAUGCAAAACCCCUGCAAGACAUGCUUCUUGCGGAGCCCGAACUCUCUCAAUUGGGAAGGAUAAUAAGAAGUCACUAAGCUCGCUGGGAAUUCAUAUUACUAUUCCGUUUUUGGGCAAUGUAUUCUCUUUGUGCGUUUUAUGUAUAUAUCUAGUCCUUUUUGCCAUCAUCAAUCAAAAUGGAAAGUCCAUUAUGUGAAAACAUGGUCACCAAGAGAGUUACACUCGGUUAUUAGUUAGUCACAAAGAUAAUACGAGCAUUUUCCUGUCCAUUUAGAGACCACAGGAAUACUGA